UGAUUCCUUCUCAUAAAGAGAAUAGACACAGUACGCUGUCGUAUAUAGAUUCCUUUCUUCCCCUGCAAAUAAAAUCCUAAUAAGCCCAAUUCCAGAAUUGUCCACCGUAUUCCCGGACUGCGAGGUUAGGGUUUCGCUCAUAUUUCCUUUAAACUAGUAGAUCUUGUAAAUUCGGAUCGACAGGACCUUGUUUUGAGCACUGAAGAUGGCGACUGAACAGAAAGCUGCAACCGAGGACGUGAAGAUGGACCUCUUCGAGGAUGACGAUGAAUUUGAAGAGUUUGAGAUCAAUGAAGAGUGGGAGGUCAAGGUGGAAGGAAAAGAGGUCACACAGCAGUGGGAGGAUGAUUGGGAUGAUGAUGAUGUCAAUGAUGACUUCUCGCUGCAGCUGAGGAGGGAACUUGAGAAGAACACUGAAAAAACCUAAUUUCCUAAUUUGUUGUUGUCUUUCAGUGCCAUCUUCUGUAAUGGAGUAUCAAUUAGUUGUUUGAGCUUAAUAUGGUUUUACCAUAUGCUUAGUAUGUUAGACGUUUUAAUUUUUGUACAACUUUGAUUUUAUGUGCUAGGGUUUGGUACUUGAAUGGAUUGCCUCCAUGGACCUUCCAUUUGUGUAGUAUGUUUGUGAAUAACAUUCUACCAUUUUGAUAAUUUAGGUUAACUGUCCUUUUUCUGCCGUGGUGGUGUAAUGUUGCAGCCUACAAUUGAAAGUGAUUGAUUGUUUA